AGGAAGUAUAGGGAAGAGGUUACUCCCCAGCAUUCUCAGGUAUCCAAAGCAUACCUAAGAAGCUGGCAGUCCGUUGCUUAUUCUGUUGCCGCCACGCAGUCUAAGCACUUUGGGAGCCAGAACCCAAGUUGUAAGAUUACGAUCGUCCACCCAACCAUGGAAGAAUUUGAAGAUUUCAGCAAAUAUAUUGCCAUGGAGUGGCAAGGUGCACACCGAGCUGGCCUAGCCAAGGUAAUUCCACCGAAAGGAUGGAAAGCCAGACAGACGUAUGAUGAUACCGAUGACAUCUUAAUAGCCGCUCCCCUCCGGCAGGUGACCACUGGGCAGGCAGGUGUGUUUACUGAGCACCACAAAAAGAAGAAAGCCAUGACCGUGAGCGAGUAUCGCCGCUUAACAAACAGCGAAUGACACCAGACUCCAUUCUACUCUGAUUUUCAGGAUCUGGAGCGAAAAUAUUGGAAAACACGCCCCUAUGAUUCACCAGUAUACGGUGCGGACGUCAGUGGCUCCUUAUUCGAUGAAAACACGAAGCAGUGGAACCUUGGACACCUGGGAACCAUUCAGGACCUGCUGGAACAGGAGUGCAGAGUGGUCAUCGAUGGUGUCAACACCCCCUACCUGUACUUCGGCAUGUGGAAGACCGCCUUCGCCUGGCACACGGAGGACAUGGACCUUUACAGCAUCAACUACCUGCACUUUGGGGAGCCCAAGACUUGGUACGCGGUGCCCCCGGAGCACGGCUGUCGUCUGGAAUGCCUGGCCAGGGAGCUUUUCCCGGGCAGCUCACGGGGCUGUAAGGCCUUCCUGCAGCACAAGGUGGCUCUCUUCUUGGCCAAGGUCCUCAAGGACAACGGCAUCCCCUUCGAUCGGGUCACUCAGGAGGCUGCAGAGUUCAUGGUGACGUUUCCCUAUGGCUACCACUCUGGCUUCAACUGCGCGGAAGCCAUCAAUUUUGCCACCCAGCACUGGAUCGAUUAUGGCAAAGUGGCCUGGGAAUAGGGCUCUGCAUGACCUUUGGAAAGAUCUUCGUCAGAAUAAGGGAGAUUUCAGGUGGGACUUUAACAGAGCCAGCAGAUCACUGACAUUCACUAAGUUGACAAUAGCCAUCUCAGCUAUGUAUGAGCAGCAGCAAAUCAAUGCAGUCAGUAUUUUGGAAUUGUGCUGAGGCCCAUAUUCACAUAAUGUGGAGGGCAGUGAAGGCAUCUCCUCAGGAGACUUCAGGAGAAAUCCUCUGGAGAAACAGCUACCAGGCUCACCUCAUGGAUUUGCUGUGACUUAGAGGAAAGGCCAGGCUUAGGAAACAGACGGACCUGGCUCAAAUCUGGCUCAGGACUCACUGAUUAUGCC